AUGACGAAGCUCAAGGCUACGGCGGUCGCUACUGCCGCCUUGGCCAUCCUGAUCAAGCUUCGCUGCUCACGCCGUAACGGCGGCUACGGUUCCAACGGAUACGGUGGAGGAGGAGGUAGUGGUGGGAGCGGAGGGGGAGGCGGCGGAGGAGGUUAUGCCAGCAGCAGGCGCGACGACGACUACGAUCCGUACGGAGAUUCCUACGGCAGCGACAACAGAUAUGCGAACAACGGCCCACCGCCGCCGCCUGCGAUAAGAACGAGAUCACCACCACCAGUGCGAAACGGAGGCUACGCUCAAGCUCAAGCUCAGGCCUCUCGACAGCCAUCUCGACAGCCAUCUCGACCGAGGAUGGGCGAGACGAAUGCGGAACGACAGAUCAACCAGGUUGUUGAUGUCAUCAAGGAGGAGUGGCCCGCCCUUUGCGAGGCCGAAUGUAUACCCGUGCAGCUUGCGCUGCAGCUGCUCGACAACAGCUCCGUCGGCCGCGCCCACGAGUAUCGAAAUUUCAAAAAGACGCACAAGUUCCUCCAAGAGUCGCUGAAGAAUAUCGUGAACGAGCACCAUCAAGGUUUUAACAGCUCCAUCGGCACGUUCCACAAGAUCCAGGGAAGCAUACAGGUGUCGCAGAAGAGGGUCCGCGCUCUCAAGGAGUCUCUGGCCUCGUCCAAGGCGAACCUCUGCCAGAGCGAUCCGGAGCUCCAGAAGCUUUCCAAGACGUCGCAAAAAUACGACGAAUUGAUUCAGCUUUUUGAUGAGCUCGAGGAGCUUCGCCAGGUGCCGGACCAGUUGGAGGCUCGAAUCUCCGAGAAGCGAUUCCUGACGGCGGUCGAGGUGCUGCAGAAUGCGCUCCGCAAGCUUCGGAGACCCGAGCUCGAUGAUAUUGGGGCGCUGAGUGACCUGCGAAGCUAUCUUGCGAAUCAGGAGACGGCGCUGAUGGAUAUUCUUGUGGAGGAGCUGCAUGAGCACCUGUACCUCAAGUCCCCUUACUGUCAAGAGCGGUGGCAGAGCCUGGCUAAGAACCAAGGCACUACGCAUGACUCGUGGGGCGAUUCCGUGACGGUCGCGCCCUUCCAUCAGCUCAUGGAAGCUAUUGACUUUGAGCAGACUGUGGCGGAAGACCCUGCCAGAAACCCCGAGUCCGAUACUUUUUAUUAUAUCGGUUUACUAGUAGAGGCACUGAACAAACUCGGUCGCCUCCAGAACGCCGUGGACACUUUGAAGCAGAGGCUGCCCGUUGAACUCUUUAAUGUAGUCAACGAAACGAUAAACGAGGUAGACCAGAGACAUCCCAGCUCCUUGCGCGGCGGUUCCUCGAACAGCCAUGGGCUGCACAUCUACGGCAGCCGCGAGACAAAGAUGAGAGCGGAUGUGAUUUACGAUUUGCUCUGGACACUAUACGGCAAAUUCGAAGCGAUUGCCGAGGGCCAGCGUGUCUUCCACGAAUCUAUCAAGGCACUCAUUCGACGUGAAGGCGCGGGCAAUAACAGUGCCCUGCUAGGUAGUUUCAAGGAACUCUGGAACCUUUACCAAAACGAGAUCCGCUCAUUACUGCACAACUACGUCACAACAGACGCAGAUGUCUACGAGUUCAACUCGUCUGCUGAUGUAGGAGCGGCGAUUGGUGGAAAGAAGGACGGGAAGAAGGACUUGUUCAAGUUCUCCGAGGCCGAUGUGAAAUCGACGGAGAUGACGACCGAGUUCGAGGCACUGGAGAACAUCAUCCAAUCCGCAGUACCAGGCUUGACCAGCGGCGGGGGCCGGGGAGGAGAUAAGAAAGCGUCGUUGAUCGGUAUCCGCUCAUUCAUGGACGGUGGUGGAAGCCGGAAGGAGAGCGAAUCCAGCUACGAAAAUCGGCAGACGGCCAAGACGUACAAGUCGCUUGUGGAGCCCAGCGUAUUCAACAUGAGCCUCCUCUUGCCGCCGACGUUGGUCUUCCUGCAGCGCCUGAAGAACAUCGUACCGCCAGGCUCCGACUUAGCCACGAGCACGCUGACGUCGUUCCUGGAUAACUUCCUGGUUAACGUCUUCCAGCCGCAGCUCGACGAGACGUUGGCCAAGCUGAGCGAGAUAAUCUUCGGCGAGCUGGAUUCCUUCCUCCAAGACCAAGACUGGAGAAAGGUUGCCAAGAGACCGGUGCUCAAGGGCACGACGGCUUUCUUCACGGUCGUGACGGCGUUCUGCAAGAUGCUCGCGACGAUACCGCACGACCAGGCUCUGAGCACCUUGAUCAUAACGCAGAUGAUGCGGUACUACGAGCGCUGCCUUGCCUGGUAUAAGAGCCUGGUCACGAAAGCGCAAGAGCAGCCCAGCGAGCAACAUAGCAUGCGCGCCUCGGCGAAGAUGGCGCUGGAACAGAGCGCGAUCAACGAAAUCGUCAAGAAGAUAUGGGCCGGCGAGAAGUCCGACCCGGAGUUGUUGGAGCGGGAAAUUCAGCUUCUCAUGGAGCAGACGAGCGAGAACCCUUUCGAGCUGAGCGAUAUCAUUCAAGAUCGCGAUACUAUUUCGUCUUUGUGCCUGCUCUAUACUAGCAUGAAGUGGCUGUCCAUCAAGAUUGCGAGCCUGCGCCAUAUUACGAACCAGGAUACAGACUCGUCGAGGCCUAACCUGCCACGGCAGUCUAAUCGCAGGUGGACUCUGAUGAAUGAUCCGGGCAAGGCUGCAGACGAUCAAGGCCCGGUGCACUUGCCUAUGACGCAAGAAACCGUAGUGACUUUUGACGGAAUUCUGUCAUCGUACGAAGACCUUGCGCAAGCAGCGCUCCUUACGCUUCGCAUGGAGUCCCGCUGCAAGAUUAUCUACUCUCUCCACAUCGUCCUCUCCCCAGAGACGGCGCCGUACGUUCUCGACCAGGAGGUCCGGGAACCCGAUCCGGAGAUUCUAAGCCUCAAUUCCGAAUUGGUAGCUUCCGACGAGACUAUCGUACGGUACCUCCGCGAGAAGGAAAUAUCUUUUAUCCGCACGGGCCUAGGCCUUCUCGUCAACAGAUACCUCGUGGGCAACGCGCGGAUGGCAUCGCCGAUGAACUCCAACGGGUGCGGCCGCAUGCAGCUCAACAUCCUCGUCCUCCAGCAAAACCUCAAGAACAUCGAGGACGGCGUGAAUCUCUCCCGAACCUCCAACUACUUCGACCUCUUCGACAAGGGCCCCGACGCCAUUGUCGCCAAGGCCAAGGAGGUUUCGGAGAUUCAGCAAAAGAUGGCGGCGGAGGAGGACGGGGCGGCGCCGGCCGGAGAAGUGUUUACGUAUGAUGAGCUCAAGGAUUUGAUGGAGCUCUGUUACAGCCAGCAGUUGAACGAUCCUGAGAGGGGCGUGACGGCGGCGGCGAAGAGGGAGAUGGCGGAUAAGAUGUUGAAUUUGAGCGAGUUCUUGUGGCAGAGCUAG